ACAUAAAUUGGUUUUAAAUUACAAUGGAUUCCAUAAAAGAGCCCGGAUUGGGGUUAUUGGAUGUCACAUAUCCCAUUGCUGUUAAAUAUUGCGGUAAUUGUUCAAUGCCCAUUGAGUAUUGUGAGUUUUAUUCAGAGUAUGACAAGUGCAAGGAAUGGCUGGCCAAAAACUAUCCAGAGGACUAUGAAAAAUUAAAACUGCGCGAGGCUCAGGAGGGUGCCGACGCCAAUGAUGGUGAGAAAAAGCGUCAGAAACGUGGCGGCAAGGGAUUGAUACGUGUCAAGAAGGAGAGCUUAGAUGAUGAUGCACCCAAACGCAUUUGCCUGUCGUGCGCAACGCGUGGCAAAAAUAAACGGGUGACCAUUGUGGCUGGAAUGGGAGCAUUCAAAAUCGAUCUGCGUGCUGCAGCCAAAUUCUUUGGCAGUAAAUUUGCCUGUGGAUCCUCAGUGACAAGCGAGAAUGAGAUUGUUAUACAAGGCGAUGUUAAGGAAGUACUGUUCAACGUUAUACCAGAGAAAUGGGAGGAGAUCCCAAGGGACGUCAUUGAGGAUUGUGACGAUGGCAAGAAGAGUCAUCAGAAUUAGUACCAAAACCAAGAAUCUAUAUAUUCACAACAAGAAUUUCGUUUUCAAGUUAAGACAGCAGCAUCACAAGGAAUUUAAUAUGUAAUAGCUCAGUUUUACAUUAAACGCAUUAACACUGCAGGUCCUAAA